AUGGAAACCACAAGGGAGCGUGUCCCUGUUGUCAUCUUGGACACCGGUUCGCACUGUCUGCGUGCGGGAUACGCGGAUGAGCAGGGGCCGCGUCUUGACAUCCCCGCCCUUGUUGGUCACCCCCGCAACCGAGGCGUGGCGAUGGCUGCUGGGAUGAAUGAGUACGAGAUUGGAGAGGAGGCGCUCGUGAAGCGUGGAAUGCUCACUGUUGGUAGUCCUAUCGAAAAUGGCCUUGUGGUGAACUGGGAACACAUGGAAAAGUUGUGGAGUCACGUGAUGUUCUCAGAGAUGCGGGUAACACCGGAGAGUCACUGCUUUGUUGUACCGCAGCCAGUGAACACCCCAGCGGCGCAAAAGGAGAAGACAUUGGAACUCAUGAUGGAGACUUUUCAUGUACAUUCACUCUUUUUAGGAACGUCUCAGGUUCUGAGUCUGUAUGGAUACGGUCUGACAACAGGGUUGGUGCUUGAUAGUGGCAAAGACCGCACGAUGGCGGUUCCUGUGCAUGAGGGUUAUGCACUUGGUCGUCAUGUGACAGAAAGUGAGAUUGCAGGAGAAACCCUGACAAACUACCUCGCCUCCCUGUUACGGCAGGAAGGGUACAGUUUUGGCACCCCGGUUGAAAUGCAAGUUUUAAAUAAAGCCAAGGAGGAGCUGUGUUACGUGCGAUUGAAUGAAUUUGGGGUUUACAGUCCUGUACAUUCUCUCGGAACUUUAGGAAACGCAGCGGCGUUUGAUUACAAUUUUAGCAGCAGUGCUCAGCGGCCGGGCAGCUCUCCGGUGCCGGCAACGGAGGAAGUUUUUUUCCUUCCAGACGGCAACGCCAUCCCACUGGCGGAGCAUCGCCACCUUACGACGGAAGUCCUUUUUAACUUUGGUAUUAUGGGCGAAGAGUAUAUUCCUAAAUCACGCUACAUGACCGAAUUGGGGGAGAUUUUUAAUCCUUCCUUCCCUAUGGGAAUUAGUUGGUUGUCAUUUGCCGCCAUCAAUAACUGUCAACCGGCAAUGCGGCCAUCCCUUUUUGCACACAUCGUUCUUGCGGGUGGAAAUGUCUCUUUCCCAGGCACCAGGGAGCGGAUAGAGGCGGAGGUGACCCGGCUAUACAGGGAGACCCAUGCCAGCGAGGCGGUGACACCAAUCUGCGUGCAUGAUGUGGAGUGUCGCAUUUACAGUGCCUGGCUCGGUGGCUCCAUGCUGGCGCGAACGUCCAUGUUCCCACAUUUAACUGUCUCGCGACAGGAGUACGAGGAACAGGGUUACCGUGUUGUGCAUUGCAAAUGCCAGUAG